UUUUGAGUCUAGAUUGAAGGAUAUGGCAAUGGCAGUGCCACUUAUGUGCUGUGCAGCCGUUAUGCUGACCGUUCCUUCCAGGAAGCAAGUUGUCUUGGUUGGCCAUAAGUUUUCUGAAGAGUUCGAAAACAUACUUGCAGCUGCUCACGCCUUAUAUAACCUGAACAAAACAGUAAUUCAUAUAGAUCCAACAAACACAGCAGAGAUGGCAUUUUGGGAAGCGAAUAAUAAAAAAGUUGCCCUCAUGGCUAGAAAUAAUUUUGCAGUAGACAAGGUGGUUGCUCUUGUAUGCCAAAACUUCAGUUCCAGCCCCCCCGGUAAACAGCCCUAA